UGACCGGGGGGGAUCCCCGGGAGCGGAGCGGGCGCGGCCCCCCCAUGCCCCGCGGGGACGGCGCCGCGGGCGGCAGCGGAGCCGCGCGGGUGUAGCGGCCCCGCGCUGGGGGAGAGGGGCGCGGGGGCGGCCCGCGGAGCGGGGAUGACUCUAUCGGGCGGCGGCAGCGAUAUGUCCGGCCAGACCGCGCUGGCGGCCGAGGACGUGGAUAUCGACGUGGUGGGAGAGGGAGACGACGCGCCGGGCAAGGACGGGGACGGCGAGGCCCGCAGCCCCGCCGCUCUGCCUCGGCUGCCGCUGGACGAGGCGGCGGAGCCCGGCGAGCCGGGAGCGGGAGGCGAGAGCGGCAGCAGCGGCAGCGGCAGCCCGGCACCGGCGGGACCCGAGGGCGGCAGAGGGGGCGGCGGCGGCGGCGGCGGCGAGGAGGGGGCGAGCGGCGGGGGAGCGGCGGCGGCGGCGGCGGCGGCUGCGGGGCAGAGCAAACCGAAGAGCAGCCUGGUGAAGCCGCCCUACUCGUACAUCGCGCUCAUCACCAUGGCCAUCCUGCAGAGCCCCAAGAAGCGGCUGACGCUGAGCGAGAUCUGCGAGUUCAUCAGCGGCCGCUUCCCCUACUACCGGGAGAAGUUCCCCGCCUGGCAGAACAGCAUCCGCCACAACCUCUCCCUCAACGACUGCUUCGUGAAGAUCCCCCGGGAGCCCGGCAACCCGGGCAAGGGCAACUACUGGACGCUGGACCCCGAGUCCGAGGACAUGUUCGACAACGGCAGCUUCCUGCGGCGGAGGAAGCGCUUCAAGCGGCACCAGCAGGAGCACCUGCGGGACCAGACGGCGCUCAUGAUGCAGGGCUUCGGCGCCUACGGGCUGGCCGGGCCCUACGGCCGACCGUACGGGCUGCCCCCCGGCGCCUACCCGCACCCCGCCGCCCUGCAGUACCCCUACAUCCCUCCCGUCGGGCCCAUGCUGCCGCCCGCGGUGCCGCUGCUGCCGUCGGGCGAGCUGAGCCGCAAAGCCUUCAACGCGCAGCUCGGGCCCAGCCUGCAGCUGCAGCUCAGCAGUCUGGGGGCGGCGGGCUCCAUCGUGAAAUCCGAGCCCAGCAGCCGCCCCUCGUUCAGCAUCGAGAACAUCAUCGGCGGCCCCGCCGUCAGCUCGGCUCCCAGCGCGCAGACUUUCCUUCGGCCGCCCGUCACGGUGCAGUCGGGCCUGGUGGCCCAUCAGCCGCUGGCGUUAGCCAGGACCACCGCGGCCAUCGCUCCCAUCCUCAGCGUGCCUACCAACAUCAUCGCGGGGCAGUUCCUGCAGCCCCCCGCCGCCGUGCAGGCCAAGUGGCCGGCGCAGUGACCGGCGGAGCGGUGACCCCCCCCCGGACGGAUCUCUGGGAAUCGGCCGAGGUCGCUUUCGGGGUUUUUAUUUUUCUAACAGAGGCGAAGCGACGGUCGCGUUUAGGAGCCGGGAGGACUUUCGCUUUUUUUGAAGGUUCCGGCGCUCCGAGCGGUUUUAUCCGAAAUAAGCGAACGAAUGGGGGAAAUGUAUAAAAAUAUGAAUAAUAAGCGGGGGGAAUUUUAAAUAUUAAACGAACGAACAACAACGAAAAAAAAAAUGAAUUUUGGAGGAUAAAAAAAAAAAAAAGAAAAAAAAGCCAGGAGAAAAACGCUGUGGUUCUAUUAUAGAAGUCUGUUUAUAUAUGAAUGAAUAUAUGUAUUCUAAAUGUUAUCCCUUCGUGAUGUACACAACUUUGUAAAUAAAUUUUUCAAACGCUC